GUGGACUCGCAGUCCGUUGCCCGCGUCCGCAGCUCGUUCUUCCUCGGUGCUUACGCAGGCACCGUGAAGCAUUCGUCUUAAAACCCAUAGAGCGGUUACGUGGCACGCGCUCGUUGCGACAAAAGGAAAGAAAAAAAGAGAAAAGAUCGACAGAUAUGAAGGAAAGAAGAAAGAGUUAGAAAAUGAGCGACACAGGGCAGAAAACCUGAUGAACAGAGAGAGAGAGAGAAAUCGAGUCCGGUCUAUCGCAGGGAAAGGGAGAUCGCGAGAGUGCGCGCGCGAAUGGGGGAGAGAGAGAGAGAGAGUGAGAGGGAGAUUGAAAAAGGAGGAGGGGCGACGAGUCGACAAAGAAAGAGAGUAAACAAGUGUGCGAGAGAAAGAGUACGGAGUAGAGAAGUAGAGAGAAAGAACGAAAGAGGGGAGAGAAGCAAGCGAUCGUUCUUCCAAAGCGAGUCGUCGACGAGGGGGCGACCGGCGAAUAUCUCUCGCGUGCGUCUCGCGAGUGCGUCGCGUUUGGAAUUUCGCGUCCCGUGCGCAUGCAGAUCGUGAAUGAAUAUCAAUAAGAAAGAGAGAUUAAGUCGAGGGAAAACGGAAAGAAAACGCUUUUUCUUCUCCGCAAUCCUUUGGCGUUUCCAAGAGAGCAGUGUAUAUCAUCUGAGCAGGAUCGUGGAUCCGAAAAGUGAAGUAAUUUAUAUGAUUGAUUUCGUCAUCGAUCGGCGCCCGUCAAUCCGUCCUUCGAUUCGCGUCGCCGCGGCUGUGAAUCGAGAGGUCCCGAUUCGGGACGAGGAACACAAUAAAAUUUGUCGCGUCCGCGCCGCCACCGCCGCUGCCGCCGCCACCGUGUGAGUCACGGUCGGCCGACCCGGUUUUGUUAUCGAGGUGAACGUGGCGAAUGCGAAUCGAAGCGAGAAAGGUCUCCCGCGCGGGUGAUCGACGAUCGAGCGCGCGCGAGUCAAUCGAUCGCGUCUCUUCCGUUAAUUGACGCGUCGCGUCCUUCUCGGCGAAAAGAAUCGAAAGCGAAGUCAGCGAAGUGGCACGAAGUUGACCGCGAGCGUGUCGUCGGAAGUAAUACUUUUACACGACGACGGUGGACGGUGCUCGUCGAAAUGGUCAGCAGAAAAAUUUCAAGAAAAGGAGAAUAGAAGAGCGACGGAUAUUUAUAAGAAGAGUCUCCUUGGCUCGGUUUGAGCGAGUAGAUUCUUUCGCAAGAGAGAGAGAGAGAGAGAGAGAGAGAAAGGCCGCUUACCUGCGUCGACUCGAGGAAAGAGAGCGGGUGGAGGAGGUGAGGGGUACAGGAGGGACAAAGAUACAAAGGCGCACUAUGCAACGCGGGAAUGGCAGCGAAAUAAACUCUACGUCCACUGUUGCGUUGACGCUGUACUUUUUAUACGAUUCUCGAAAAGGGCAUACGCGCGAACGGAAUGACCGUGAUUUAAAUCCGUAAAUUAUCGCGCCCGCGUGCGUGCGUGCGUGCGUGCGUGCAUGCACGCGCACGCGCACGCGCCCUGUUGUCCAAGCGGACAGACGAGCAGCCAAAAGCAACGAAGAAUCUUUUCUCCCGGCAAAUGCCGGCCUGCUGCCCAGGCUGCCCUGCGCGGUCCACCUUGGUAAUCUUGGUGUUGGUAUACGACUUAGUCGCCACACGGACCUCUCGCGCGCUCCGAACGUGAUCACCUCUUACGACUGGCGUCGUCUCCGUCUCACGAGUGAUAUCAAGGUGUAAAUCGUCGCAAGAUGGCGUCCAACGAGGAUGAUGAUUUGAUCGAUCUUGGAAAUGAUGCGUGUGUGCCCCGAGUAACCGUAGAGAAUGCAACACCCGAUGAACAAGAGCAUCUGCUGGACGUGUGUCCUCCGAAACUCGAACAAAAACUCUCCCUUACCAAGCAGCAAGAGCGAGUGCUGAACAGUAUCGAUAAGGGUGACAUUCUGGUGACCUUGGGUCAUGAUCAAGUAGUACCGAUCCGCAAAAGGAUCGACGUGGUCUCGUCGGACACGAUCAAACGGGUGCGCGACAUCACCAGGAAUCUAGAGCCAGUGAUACGCAGGACCUGCUCGGGUAUCAACGAAGAGACCCAACAGGACACGGUCGAUCAUACGACGACAUCGAGCUGCAAAAGAACAAGGAAAGCCUCGACAACGAGAUGUGAAGACGAGACAUACGAAACGCGGGAGAUAAACGAUGCCUUCGAUUUUCUCACUGAGCACGAUGAUAACGAGGAUCAAGCGAAUUGUGGUCGAAUGAAGAACGAGAACGUCGAUCUGAAUCAUACGAUACGUCCCUUGAUUGAGAAAGAAGAGGACGGGAUCAGUUAUCCUUUCGAGUCGUCGUUCAAAACGUCGAAGGAAGAAACGAAUGAUAGAAGCAACGCAGAGGAGACGAAAGAUGCCAUCACGUCGAGCGAGUACAACAAUCCCGUCUACGAAACCUCAUUGAAUUUGAACAAGUUUCACGAGCAGAGCUUGCCUAAGGAUAAAUCCGUUUCCAUCGAUUCGGAGCGUCGUGCGAGAACCAUUCUCAAGAGACGCGGCCAGAAAGACGUCAGCGCCUUCGAGCGCGGAAGCAAGAGGCAUUCCUUUCAAGAAUCGCAUCGUAAAUCAUGGACGGAAGGGACGAGCCUAAAUCCGGUCUUUACCAAUGACCUUCCUGGUAUAGAUAGAUCCACCAGUCUCAAAGAAUAUCGCUGCGUACCAUCGAUCGUUUCCAACGUCGAUCAUGGAGUGUCCAGUUUUCUCACGAGACAGCCGGCGGAAGCGGAUGCGGAAUCGGCGAGCAAUCCGGCGUCGUCCGAGGACGUCUGCUCGGAAGGUUCCGAGGUGGAUUGGUCGUGGCUCGAGGAAGUGGAAUACCUACGUACCGCCGAGCACGUUGAACACGGCGAACAACAGGGGGGGAAGGUGAGCGGCGGCACCCCCACCAAAGCGGGGAGCGCGGGGCGCAGGCGCGGCUGCGAGCGUCGCGAGACGGUGGCGGCGGGCCGCAGUGUCGCGAUGUCCGUCGCCGCGACGGCAAAGUCCCUAGCGAGCGGGGGUGGUCACGGCCACCCGCCGCGGUGGCCGCCCUCCGGCGGCGGCGCGCUUCUCCUCGAUCGUCAAAACAGCAACAACGGCGCCGGCGGCGGCGGCGGCGGCCGACGUCGCCGGCAUCGCACCGGCAACGAUAACAAUAACGACGGGGAAGACGACGACGACGACGACGACGACGAUGACAAGGACGAGGCCGCGCGUUGCAACGCUACGAACGAAGCGGUUGAUCGCGAAAAUCGCGACAGCGGCGGGACGACAGCGACGGCGACGGCGGCAAUGGUCACCGCCGCGAACUCGUGGAUGCGCGCGUCCAUGCGGCGUCUGCGUCAUCUGCGAUUACCCGACGGCGGGAACCACCACCACCACCACCACCACCGCCAUCACCACCAGCCCUACCGCGAGUCGGCGGCAGCGGCGGCUCCGGCCACCAAUCGGCGCGCCGCGGCGCCAAAUUCCUUGCCGGAUAUCGCGCUGAUCGCGCCGGAGAUCCUCGCCGCGCAGACCAACGGCAGCGGCACUUCCGGCACCCUACUGCUCCGGCCUUCGAGCGCUCCCGCGAGAAACGCCGCGAUCGCCGGCGCCGGCGCCGGCGCCGCGACGCCGCCUCGCCGAGCCGGCCGGCAAUUCGCCGGCGGCAGGUCGCGGGGGACGCGAAAUCGCGAGGCGUCUUCGCGGCAGAGCAGCCUCGGCUCCACCACGACCACCACGGCCACCAGCACCGACACCAACACGACCUGCUCCAGCUCGUUCACCGGCGGUGGUGCUUCCAGCAGCGCGCCUUCCAGCCCGCAACGUGCCGCUCCGAGAAGGACAUGCGAGAGACUAAGAGACACCAGCAGACAUAAUGAGAAUGACGACGAGAACGAGAAUUCUCUGGGGAAGUGGCCUCACGCCCUUAGUUCGGCCUUCGCAUGUCUCGGCUGCACUCUGGGGCUCUUUAACAUCAGCAGAUUCGCUAUUCUUAGCGUACAAUUUGGAGCAAACUUUAUUGUACAGUUCCUGAUUUUAUCUCUCGUGCUGGGCAUCCCGCUGUUGACACUACAAGUAUGCCUUGGACAAAGAUUGGCGGCCGGUUCCGUGGAUAUGUGGAGAAUAUCGCCGCUUUUUCAUGGCGUGGGAAUAGCUUUACUCACCGCGCAGGCAUUCAUCGGUAUCUACAGCAUAGUCGGUGUAUCGUGGAUGUUCGUGUACUUCAGAGAUUCGUUUAUAACGAAGCAGGACAGGUAUCGAUGGGCGGAGCCGUUUUCUCUCUAUCAGGACGAUAGUCGUCCUACGUACAACAGCACCGCUUCGUACAAAUUAUACGAGACUGUUCCGGAUUACUUCAGCGGCGUUGUACUGCAAAGGCAUCACUUGAACGAGACUAAUCCUGGUUUCGUCACAUUAAAGUUUCAAGUAGCUUUCCAUCUAGCCGCCGUAUGGUUGAUCGUAUUUGUUUCGCUGAGUAAAGGACUAAGAUCUUAUGGGAACGUUAUAUACGUUUUCACCCUAGUGCCCGUAUUUGGCACGUUUAUCCUUUGCACAAAACUGCUUGGACUCACUCCGCCAGGUUCGAUACAUCAACUUUUCCCCGCCACCGUCUGGAGCGAAUUCUUUAUUAAUGGGAAGUCAUGGGUGGCUGCCUCGAAUGAGGUCUUCCUCACGUGGGGUUUACUCGGCGCGGCCGUUAUGCAGAUAGCAGCUCAUAACAAGCACAAGCAUCUCUUACAGCGGGACACGAGUCUUGUGAUAAUCGUAACGUUUGUAGUACUCCUUCUCGGGGCUUUCCUAGCAAAUACCUGCGUACAAAUCCUCAGGCAUCACGGCUACAUCUAUACUAUUAGUUCUUUCGAGAGAAUGUCAGGGUAUACAUUUAUGAGGCUUGCCAGUCAACCAGCACCGCCAGGAUACACCAGCACGCCAGAGAGAUUCAUGUCUCACGCAUCAUUUCUUCUUGGCCAACGCGUAACACGACCUGGUGCGGACACGAGUACUGAGUCCGGAUAUCAGGUGUUACGGCUAGCCACUGAAUUAGUGCCUUCGACAUUGGCAUUGUUAGGCACCGAACAGGUGUCGCCGUUCUGGGCAAUUCUGUUUUAUUUUAUUCUCAUCUUAUUUGGGAUCGCACAACAGUUGGCAAUCUGGCAUUGUGUAAUAACUGGUAUAAUGGCGAUCAAUACGAAAAUGAUGAAACUCUGGGAAACUUCAAUCACGUUUUUUAGCUGUGCUUGUGCUUACAUAUUUGGAUUACCUAUGGCUACGGAGUUGGGUAUUUACGUCGUGUACUAUCUCGAUUACACCGUCGGCGGAGCAUGGUGGAUAAUCAGUUUGUACUCAAUACAAAUCCUCGCUGUUUUUUUAAUCCGCGGACGUCCGCACACUAGCGAGACAAUCGUCACCGAGUUAUUUCCAUCGACCGGGCGAUGUCUCAGAUACUGGGUCGGCCCUCUCCUCUCCUUCACAUGGGCUUUUAUUCUCCCCCUUGCCUUAGUAGUUUUAUCUAUCACAAUAUUCAAGAGCAGCGAUUUCCGGGAACUGUACUCUCAUCGUCGCGCGAGCAAAGAUUACUGGGCCGUGUGGGCAAGGCAACUCGGCACAGCGAUUCAGCUGACACCGAUACUCAUAAUACCAGCAGUGGCUGUCAUACAGACGUGUCGAUACUUGAAUAAGGGACCGCCUGAUAUACUCGAUAGUGAACAAGUGGAAGUAACAAUAAAUCAUUGUGAACAAUGUAACGGCAGAAUUCAAUUGCUCUGUCGGCCACCACUGGAGCCCGAGGAUCCUCGCGACGCGCAGACCCAAAUUGGAAGCGACACUGGUAACAGUCUACACGGAAACGGGAUUCUGCCUGCCGCAACCACAGAGAUACCGUUCGAGGAUCCGCCGCCAAAGUACACUCCUCCGCCGAGCUAUACCACGGCGACCGGGGCACGAAUCGCAAAAAUGCUGCGACAGAGCUUCCGGCGAAGCGUGCGAAGGAUUGCGAACGUGCUAGGGGAAAGCAGCGCGCCGCGACAGAGGCCGGGACUGCAACCGCCGCCGCCGGAUUACGCGACCGUCCUAGUGGAGAUGAACAAUCAGAGCGGCGCGUCGAUACCGCGCGACCAUGUCGCGAUCCACGUGCUAUCGGAACCGCGGCCGGACGUGACGAAUACCGGCGGCGCGGACGUGUCGACGAUCGAGCGGCGUCAUCGGCCAAAUACCAUCGAUCGCACCAGCAGAAUCGGCAUCGCGGCGAGAUCGCGCGCGAUUGAGCGCACCCACUCGACGAACGACCGUGGUCGUCGGUCGUGCGUGAACACUGCCGCCGCGCACACUCUGUCCAGCUCGAACUUGACAGCCGCCGACGUGGCAAAUUUGCUGCGUAGCAGCAUACGCAGGGGCACCGUAAGGACGCAACAGUCCCUACGCAGGAGCUUUUGCCACGAGGAAUCUACGACGGCGGCGUCCGUCGAGAAUCUAGUCGAGGCCGCCGCGCCUAUUGGCGAGGACUCCUUGAUCCUAUCGAAGGACGCGCAUCUAGUCCCCGGUGAACAGAUUGACGACCGCGGCAAUUACGGCGACGAUGGCGACGAGAAAAAGACUGCAAAUGAAAUGGAGAGUUCCGUUUCUGUGAUAUAGACUUAUACGUCGGCCGGUCGUUGCAAGGUGAACAAAACCGGCAUUUCAGGGUCGAACUCUCAUUAGCGAUUUGCUGCCUCUUUCUAGGCUAUAAUUUUUAUUUGUAAUAUAAACGAAAACUUCUUCGCCGAAUCGGCGUUAUUUGACGCUAUCGCCUUGGACAGCCUCCAAGUGCUUGAACCCUCUCAAGAUUAGGAUGUUGACGUUUUGCUCCUGUACUCGAACAAUUGCAUGCAUUUGUUACUACCCCCAUUUUUGUGUUCUUACUGUAUUUAUUUCUUAAUAUGCGAUACCUAUAUAUAUACACAUGAUGUUCAGAAUUUAAAUGUUUAAACUUUGAGAGACCAAAGCGAACUAAAAAAAAGUCUUUUAACGAUAUGCGCGUUGCUUUAUUUCAGAGAAAAUCACAAAAUGUUUUUCAUUUUUUUACUUAUUUAUUAUUUACUUGAAGCAAGCGUGAUGUUGCGGAUAGCGCACUAAUCUUAUACUGAAGUCUUUGAUCCUAAAUUUGAUUCCAAGCAAAAUCGGAAAAAUUUUAUACACUCGUUCCCUCUUUGAUGAAAUAAUAAGUCAUCAAGAAUAUUCUACACCUCGAAAUCUCUCUAUCUUAACUGUCCGGAAAUUGUAGGUUCCAUAUAUCUGUGAACAAUCUACGUAUCCUACAACAUACAUAUAUAAAGAGAAAAUCUGAGUCCGACUUAGACUAUAGUGCCAUUGAAAUUAAAAUUAUUACAUUUACACUUAUUUAUUUAUGUUGUUACUUUCUUAUGUGUAUAUGAAGAUUUUUGAGAUUGUUAAUUGCUAAUCUGAAGAGAAAAUUAAAAACAUUAAAACGGCGAAUUUGCAACACAAACAUCUAACGUUAACUACUCAUGUUGGAUCCAAAUAUUGCUUCAUUUUUUCAAAAAACGCUCAAUUUAAGAGGAUGCUAAAGUUGUCUUGUUUUACCGAUAAUUUUAUUUUUCACUAAUCUUUUAAUUGCAGAGUUAAAAAUCCUUCUCCAGAAUUAAAGUAUAGAUGAUAACAAAUUCGGGCCGAAACGAUUUUGUAGGAAAAACGACAAAAAAUUUUAAAAUUGUCGGUUUCUGACGUCGACUCGUAACAAAAUGUGUCCGAUGCAAAAAUUUUAGACCUUGUACGUACAAAUCAAGCCUGGGCCUAAGUGAAGCAUUUAGGAACAAUACUACGCUUUCAGAUUGAGCAUAGGCGUUCUAAUAAAAAAGAGGUUAAUGAGUACGAAAAUUUCAUGUCUAAAAAGAGCAAUCUAAAUUUUUUUUUUUAAUUUAUGGUAUGAAAUUCAAUUCAUAAGCUGAUGAUAUUAAUACAUAAACUUUAAUUUUGAAAAAGGAUUUCCAAAUCUAUAAAAGAAAUACAUACAAAAUUUUGUUAAUGAUGUGCACAAAUGACUACAUUAUCGACCUCGAUCAAGACUAGCAGUUUAGCAUCCCCUUAAUACCUCAGGCUUAUAUUAGGAUAUCAUGAAUUUUAGUAAUUGGUUUCUUGAAUUAUUUCACAAAUGACAAUUCAUUUUUAUCAAAAAUAAUGUGAACGCACGUAAUAAUAAGGAGCUACAUUUACAAAAGAAGGAAUUAUUACCCAAAGAAGUUAUCAUAUACAUAUAGCUUCAGUAUAAAUAAGUAUUAAAUAUAUGAAAAAUGAAAAAAAGUUGAUUUUCUCCAAAAGAAACAAAAAAUGAGAUAAUUUCUAAAGAACUUUUCUCAAUUUGUCAAUCUAGCUGUUACAUAUUCCUGAAGUUUUGGCACUUAAAUUUUGAGAUCCAUUAUAUAGACUGCAUUCCGAUAUACACUACUAGAAUAUAAAAUCGCUAGUAUGAAAAUGUAUAGUUUAUGUUACGUAUACUACAUAUUUUUAGUACUGGCAGUGAAUUUCUGAUCGCAGCCAUAUGUAAUACAUAUCUUCAUUAAAUUAGAACAAAUAACGUUUUUGCAGUUUGAUGCACUUUUGAAUAUUUUGGACCUCGAGUUUGUAUUUCUCUCAACGUCAAAAUCAGGUAUACAAUUUUAAUCUCAUUUAAUCUCAUAAUGGAUACAAUUUUUUACACUGAAUAUAAAUAAUAUUCAGAACCGGAUUUAAUUGCGGUUUCAAAUAAGUCAUGUAAAUACGAGCGUUCGCUUUUCUUCAGUAUAUAGUUUAAGAAGAAUUAUAUUAUUAUUACUAAUUAAGCAAUGCUAUACUCAUGUCAAGAAGUGUAUCUCCUGAUUUUUGCGUUUUCUCUGAAGAUGCGGAAGAAGAAUUAAUUCAAAUUAAAUGAACGAAUGAUUAGAAACAUAUUAUAAAUCUUCCUCGCUGCGUUUACGGCGAAAAUUGUAUGAACAAUAUGUGCGCGUAACAUAUCCCUAUACUCUUAUUCAUGAUUAGGUCAUCCUGUAAAUACAUGUAGCAUUUUAGUGAGUAAAUAAAUGUAGCAUAAAAAAAAUGUUACAAUUUUAAAUCAACUGGCUAGGUAUGUAGUCAAUGUGAGAGUGUAUAAAUUUGUCCAGUGUCAUCGAUGUAAUUUUCGUUUUCUGUGUUUUGUGUUGUGAAUCGUCAUAAGAAUGUGAGCUAGACUGAUUUGCAUAAUAUUAUUAUCUUGAUUGGAAA